GAAGAGGAGCGUCGGUUACAUUUUAAACUGAAGCGGAGAACUGAGAGCGCGUGAGGAACCCCCACAGUACACACACACAGAAUUUUGGAGAAUGUAGGGAAGCUUAGGUAUGUCCGCUACAGGUUUCGAAGGACGUGUGGAGUGUAUCCUAGAUGGGACAGGGGACAACACUCAGUCAGCUCAGUUAAGAACAAGCACGGGAAUAAGAAAUGGAAGGACCCGAAGUUUGGCUCUUGAGGAAAAACAAAACCAUUGUGAAAAUGAAAUUGAGAGAUUGCAAAGCACCAUUGGCCAAUUCCAAAACCAGUUACAGUCCGGGAAUGGAGAUGACAUGAAUACAAAUCUUCGGUGGAAAUUGAACAAAGUGGAGAAAGAAAAGCUGGAAAUCAGAAGCAUAUACAAUGAAGAGAGAUCAAAAUUUGAAAGCAAGGUUGCAAAGUUACGAGCUCAGCUGGAGAAAGGAGAAGCCCUGAGACAGAAUCUGGAGUAUGAGCUAGCUGUGGCCAGGAAGGAAGCUAAUAUUAUUCAGUGCAGAUCACAAGACAGAAUAGAUGAGGUGAACAAAAUACAUGAGGAACUGAAAGAGCAAAAUACAGCCCUUAAGCAGAGAGGAGAGGAUUUGGAGAACGCCCUAUACAUUUCCAAGCAAGCUCGGGAAGAUGAUCAGAUUAGGUCUCAAAUAGAACUGGAGGAUCGAGAGAAAAUUAUUCACAAUUACAAUGCUGAAAAUGAGUUGCUCGUCGUUGAGAGAGAUCAAAUUGAUGCUGUCUUGCAGGAACAACAACAAACAUUUAUUGAGCUGCAGAAAAGAUUAAAGGAACUUGAAGUUGAUCGGAACAGUAACGCUGAGGCAUUGCGACGACAAGCGAAUGAACUUCAGUUCAGCACUGAGCGAGAGGAACGAUUAAAAUCAGAGCUUGAGGUAGCACUACAAAGGGUGAAGAUUUUGGAAGAAAAUAUUGAGGCAGAAAGAGCAGCACAUCUGGAAUCAAAGUUUAACUCUGAAAUUAUUCAGUUGCGCAUUCGUGACCUUGAAAGUACACUGCAAGUGGAAAAGUCUAGCCAUGCAGAUGCAGUGGCAAAUUUGGAGAUGAUCAAACAACAGUUCAGAGACGUAGAACUGGCAUAUGAAAGGGAAAAAUCAAAAACUCAGGAAUCAGCUGAUCAGUUGGAGAAAUUUCAAAAGGAAUAUGCAGCAAUAAAAAUGCAGAUGGCAGCAGAGAAAGAAGAAAAUAAGAAAAUGAUUGCUGACCUUUCGAAAAAGCUUCAAAUUCAUGAGGAAAACUUUGCAAAUCUUCGGGAAGAGCUGACUAAAGCAAAGAAAUGCCAGGCUUUCCUUGAAGAGACAUAUGGGGGCAGCAUGAGAGAGCUAGAACUCCUUUUGGACAAUUUUGCUGUGUCAGGCCAAUGGACAUCAGGCAAUUGCAAGGACAAAGAAAAACCCUUAAGCCCCUCUGUCGUCCUUGAGAAUUUGAGACAUACCUUGACAGAUUACCAGAGCAGGCUAGGAGACGCAUCUAAUGAGCUUUACAAAACAAAGCAGUUGGCUGAGACGAUGAGCAAAGAAUGUGAGACCUACAAAGAGUUGGUUUGGUCACAAAAGUCAAGUCUUGAGAAAUUUCAGGAAGACCUGGCAGCUGCAAAUAAAGAGUUAAAUAAUUGGCGCAGUGAAUGUGCUGACAGAGACGGACUGAUUGGCAGCAUGAAAAUGGAUCUACACAAUGUGAAACACUGCUUUGAGAAGGAGAAGAGUCGAGCUGUUGAAGCUGAAAACGAAAUUCAAAAACUCACGCAGGCUCAUCAAAAAAAUACUGAGGAGAAACUGAUCUUCCUUCAUAGUUUGUAUCAGCGUCUGGUAGCAGGUUGUGUGUUCCUGAAACAAUCGGAUGGUAUGCUGGCCAAAUUCUCCUGGACUGAGCUGUGCUCUAUCCUGCAAGACAACAUUGAAACCCUCACUUCUGACUUGAACAGGGCCAGUGAAAAGGUAUCUCACUUGGAGCAUAUUUGUAGGAAUAAGGAUGAAACUAUAAAAGAAUUGCAACAAAGCCAGGAUAAUACUUUCAGUAAACUGGCCGAACAGAUGAAGGAGCGAGAGGCUGGCUGGCAGAAGCAGAAAAUAGAGUUAGAAGAACAUUAUUCUGGACUCCUUGGGGAGGUUCAUACAAGGGCACAGAAAUGUCAUGCAGCAGCUGAAGAAGCCAAAGAAAAAGUAUUUGGUCUGGAAAAAGUCAAAGAGCAGCUGACUCUUGGAUUAUCUCUCCUCAAGAAGACCUUGUGUCAGACACAGAAGGAGCAUACCGCCUUGCUGGCCGCUUGUGCCUUGAUGGCUGGUGCAUUGUACCCAUUAUACAGUAGAUCCUGUGCAUUCUUUGUGCAAAAAAACUUUCUUCAAGAGCAAAUAAUUAGUUAUGAAUAUUUCAAAAAUGAGGUCAAGACUGUUGUUCAGGUACUUUCUGUGGAAGGUAAUCCAGGCAAAUCGAAGAAAAGGAAGACUCUUGACAGAGGAAUGAUUCAGGUUUUUAGAAACUGUGUUAUUGCCGUCAUAGCAGCAAAUAGAUUUCGAACCUUUGGUCGAGGAUGUGGUCAACUCUUUACCUGGAUUGAGAACUUUAAGGAGUCGCCAAGACUUUUAGUUUGCACAGGCAGAGCAAAGUCCUACAUUAGUUCAAGUCAAGAAAAACAGCAGAGCCCCUUUAGCCAAACACUUGGGUGGUUUUCAAGUUCUGAUCUCUUAGCUGCGGUGGUUGAUUCAGUGACUGAGCUCCAAGAUGUAAUUAUUAAAACAGACACAAAUCCCCUUCCUACAAGCCGUUUCAUUGCAAAUGCAGCUAAGAAUUCAUUUUCAAAACUCAUGGACAGAAUAAGUGUGGAGAUGGAAAAUGAUCCAGUUGUGUAUGACAGAUACUUUGGAUAUGGGCAGAAGGGUUCAUUAAUACAGAUAUUAGGCCAUGGGCUCUGCAGAGCUAAUGCCAAGGCAGUAAAACAAGGAAUUGGAGUCACUGUGCCCAUUAAGCAAAGUGUGGAAGUAUUGAAGAAACAGAUCCUUGAAUUUACGCAGCGCCUGCAUGCAGCAGAAGUAGAGCGUCGCUCGUUACGUAUGGAGCUUACACAAACUAAAAAUGAGUUGAGUGAGCAGAAAAAAGAAACUGGGAAAUCUCAGAACCUUGAACACCAGCUGAAUGACCUCAAGCAAGCUAUGAGGACCCAGAAGAUGGUUCCAUUUGAAAGGUUUGGGAGUAUAUGUGAAGAGCUGAAUAAUGCAUUGCACAGAGAACAGCAAGCCCAAAUGCUGUUAAAUGAACAAGCUCAUCAGAUGCAGGAGCUGGGCUUACGACUUGAGCUGCAUUCCAGUGAAGAGGCAGAAAAGGAUCAGACCCUUUCUGAGGCAAUAAAGAGUCUCUCGGAGGCAAAAAUGGAACUAAGGAGAAAAGAUCAAUCUUUGCGUCAGCUAAACAAACACCUAACCCAGCUGGAGAAGGACAAGCGUCAACUUGAGAGGAGCAUCCAGGAUGCAGAAAAUGCCCUCUGCAUGGCAGCAAAAAACCGAGAACACUUGAUUAGUUACGUGAGAUCCGUGGAUACUAUCCUUGUGGAGGUCAGAGAUCAGAUCUCACUGUCAUGGUCUGUGGCAGCAAGGAAUGACUUCACCCUGCAGCUACCCAAACUGCACAUGGAGACCUUCAGCACAGAGGGGCUGAAGGGUGGGAUGGAGACGGCUGCAUUCCAGAAUUUAACCCAGACUUUCAUGGACAUUUACCAGCUGGCUAGCUCCAGAAUUGCUGCUCUGGAAACAGAAAUCACUUCACAUCAGAAACACAUUGCAGCUCUCAAAUCAGAACUUCAGACUGCAUGCCUGCGUGAAAAUAAUGGCUCAACUCCACUUGCCAGAGAUGUAUUGGAAAAGCCAUUCACGCCCCUGUCUCAAAUGGACUUGCAACCUGAGAAGAGUGUCAACCAAGACUUUGCACCCUUGCAUCCAGAAACUGAUGUCUCCUACAGCUUUCUGAGGGAUCCUCCAGGGAACAGGCGAACCCGUUCUCAUUCCUCAUCCUACUCAUUUCAUACUAUUUCGGACAUUGGGUCCUUAAGACCAGCACAAAAUACGCCCUAUAAUGCAUUUAGAUAACAGAUCCAAGCUAUUUUGAUGUACAUAUAUGAAUUAAGAAAACAACUCUUUCGGUUGCAGUUUGUGUCUCUUAAAAUGAUGGCAAUUGUAAACAAUCUUAUAUUUAUGUAUUUCAAUGUUUCCACACCAUUGCUGUUCAAAACCCUUUUUGUAUAGCUGAGCAGUUUAUUUGUUAAGUAUAGCUUUUAUUUAUAAUGUGUGAUUUUCAUUUUAUAUUGAAUAACUAUAUUUUAAAAUGCAAAAGAGUGACACAUUUUAAGUAAUUUUCCACCGGCUUAAAAGAAAUCAAUAAGCCAUUUUAGUCUCUAUCUAUCAAAGUUUUUUUUCAUACAUGUCAGUUUUAAGGUGGGAUGCAGCACUUUAAUAGGAUCGCUAAAGCUAUUUGAAAUGUAUGCCAAUGAUUCCUGUCAUUUCAUGGCAGCCUUGCCAUGGUUCACUGAGCCCCCUCUUCUCUCUUGUCAACUGAACUGAAGACAAGCAUUUAGUUGCAAACUUUAAACAGGUUGUGCAGAGCAGAAAUGAUGUGACUGGUUCUUCUCUGCACAAUAAUGUCACUCCUGGUCAAUGUGAGAAGGUCAGAUUGCCUCUCACUGAGUUACAUGAUGAUAGCGUUGCCCAUCUGAACAUACUGAGUUAACUGUUGGUCUCUGGUCCCUGCAGACCCUCAACCUCAUUCUUUUUAUCAGUUAUUGUCUGAUAAGGAAGGUAAAACACCUGUACUGAGAAGACUGGAGGUGACAUGUUUAUGGACUGCGCAGUGUUGGUUCCUGAAAGAAUGUCACUACAGCAACUAAUUCAUUUAGCUCUCACAGACCUUAGUGAAAUAAUUGCUUCUUUGGCCUUCAUGGCCCAAAAAAGUUGUUUAGCAGCUAGGAGCUGUAGUGGUUACGUUAAUCAGAAUGGUUCUGGGUUGCAUUCCUGGUUCUGAAUUUUGGCAGUUCUAAAGCGGCGCAGUCAGUUCAUGAGUUUCUUAUCACUUUAUCCAGCGGGACUCACAGCAAGCAUGCUACAUGUGUGCAGACGUCCGCCGCCCUCCCAGCUAAAGGAAAAUUGCUGAAGCAUGAGGUUAUGAUUGGAAGAUGGGAGAGAACCGAGAGGUGGGGAGGAUUAAAUCAGGUAAAAAUAAAAACAAGAUUCUUGCUUUGUUGGAAUCCCAUGGUUGACUACCUCUUCCCUUUGCCUCCCUCUGCCCCCUGAAAAAAAAUUGCACUGAAUUAGAAAUUUAGCUGUUGCCCUGCAUUUUCUGCUUUGUAGCACACAAAAGCAAAAAAACGCACGUCAGGCCGGCAUGUCAGGGAGUUGACAUGAAGCCCCUGUGACAUUUCAGCUCGAAAGAGCAAGUGUCUCGCAACCAACUGGUCAAAUAUCAAAUAAUAGGUCAAGCAGGAAGGAACUGAGUGCUAACCACUAGGCGGUUUCUGGCAACUUAUUUGACAAGCUUUUAGGAGGCUGCAAUUUAUGAAGUGAUGUUCAGUUGGGCAAACGAAUACAGUCCCUUGUUUAAUAGCUUCAAAGGAUACGCUAUUGACAUUGGUUAAAAGUCUUUAACCCCUUAAGUGUCAGCAUUAGGAUCGCCAUGGUUUGAUCAAAAAAUUCCAGUUCAGUUAAAGUAAACAUUUCGACCAACUUGAAUUUGUUUUUACUUGGUAUUUUGGGUGUUUCUGUACCGCAAAAAAGAUUUGUUUACAUAGCUAUUCUUCUUGUUCAGAUAAUAUAAAACAGUGUAUUUUAAAUUGUGGGAAAAUAGACUGCUAAAUAUUUCUCUCUGAAGAAAAGACCCUUCAUUUGUCAAACUCUAAGACUAUUCCCCAGAAAAAGAGAUUUUAAUUUCUAAUUGGUUUACAUGAGUCCUUCAACACUGCACCGACCAGUGAGAUUUCUGUUGUCAUUUCUUUGUCAUGUACAAUUUGCCAGGCGAGAAAAUGAACCGAACACAAAAUAGCAAUAAAAGAGAUUUGGAAUCACAUGGGCUUGGGAGAAACAUUAAAGUGAACUAUUUUAUAAUAAAAUUAUUCUGAAAUCAAUCUCA